AGCCUCUUGUUUCUUUUAGUGGCUGCUGCCUCCUCUUUGGUGAUUGGUCAGAUGAUAAACCGUCACGUUGAUGACGUAUACGUUUUCCGGUUGACCCCAGGACCACGUGUGUCGUGCCUUCCCUGUGUUUUUGUGCCUGUUCAUGUUAUUAUGCGACAUUAGCGAGAUCUUUAAGUAACAGUGAUUGUUAUUCAUGUUAAGCGUACCUUUAAUCCGGCGGAAUGAACUCAUUUAGAGCAGCUUUUCUGUGGCGGCAUUGGCACUUCCCGAUCCGUACCGGAAAUCUGGUUUAAUCGCUGUGUUUUGGUAAGCUACACAAUGACAGGAGAGCGCAAUUCUCUAACUUGGACUCAAUCUGAUACCAUGGCCGAGGCUGCACUAGAGAAGUCAUGCCACGCUGUCCUAGAAAUGUCCCCUCCAGACUAUAUGGCGAAAAUAUCGCGGUUUCUUGAGUCUUCUGUGGAACCGAGCAAACAGGAUCCACUAUCUAAUGAACCUGCUGGAGCAGAAAGUGAUUCGGGUGAGAGCUUGUUCAUAACUCAGAAGCCAGUACCUGAGGCUGCGAGACCACGAAGGCGACGUCGCUGCACCCUCAGGUCAGACCCCACAUCUCCCCGACAUCUACAGGAAAGUGAAAGCGACUCUUCAUCGUCCGCUUCCCAGGCUGAAUCCAGAACUGACAAAGAGAGGAGAAGAACGAAAUACACACUGCACAGAUACAGUUUCCCUUUCCUGUCGGGGAGGAGGCAGAAGCCUGAAAGCACCCUGUUACAUGUCAAGCAGAACACAAGCCUUCAUAAUUCUGCGAUGGGAGGCUUCUUUAAAUGUGUCAGAGAGCUGUGGGGGGGCGAUCAAAGAGGAGAUGAUGUGGAGUCAUCUCCACCAACACUUGACAUGGAUGGAGAUUGCAUAUCUCCACUGUCAGAAGAAGAAGAAGAAAGGUCACAGGAUGAGGACAUCAAAGUGGUGGAAAGGAGGUGUUUGGUGGCACCAUCAAGAGCAAGGCGCCAACAAAGCUGGUGCAAGCAGUUAAAACAAGAGAAGAGGAAGGAAGCUGGUAAUGCCAGACAAGAGACUUCACAAGGAAAACAAUGCAAGACGUUGCAUAAAAUACCAGCGACUGCAUCCAUAUUGAGGGCUACACCGCUGUGUUUGGACACAGAGAGCGCUGAGGAUGGUGAGUCUUCUUGCGGAGGUCUGGUCGAGAGGGAGAGGAUAAAUGAACCCGUAACAAGUGACGAAAACCUUCUAGCCCAAAUGGAAACACCAAAGACUAAGAGGCACCUUAGCCGAGAAAACAAGAAGAUUCUUUUUCAGCAAAAAGCAAAGGAGGAAGAGCCGUGCAACGACAGUGAUGCUACAGUUUUUGAGCCACAGACGCUACAGAGAAGUCCAAGCAAAUACACACAGAAGGCCAGAGAAGCAUCCACACCUGCUGCAGCAGAGCCUCACACUGAAGUUCUGCACAUAGAUGAUCUUUCCAAGACAGGACAGACAGAGGACAAACCUGAAAGCCAAAAUCUCUUCCACAGUCUCCCAGUUCUUUUCAGUGACCCCGAUAAUGACAGUACAUGCAAUGAAACCAAGGUAAAGAAGAGAACACAUGACAGCGUAGAAGAAGAAAACAGGCAGAGUCAGGUAGAGCCAGAUGAUCUGCAUCAUGUAAAAACUGUGGAGGUCGAGGAGACUCCCAGCCUGUCGGGGGAUAACAGAGCCGAGCCUCUGGCCUCACAGACGAGUGACGAGCUGGAGUUUAAUGAAAGAAAUCGUGGGGCGAACUCGUCACAUGUUGAUCCCAUAGUGAGACAGCAAGUGGAUAAACACUUGGAAUCGGAUGUAACAAUGGAGGAUUCUGUGUGUUCAGUGAGCUGUAAGGUGGAGACUGGAGGCAAGAAGAAGAAGAAGAGGAUAAGAAGUGAUGAGGAUGUUGAGCAGUUACAGUCCAGCACAGCUGGUGCUGAGACCCAGAUGAAAAAGAAAAAAAGGAAAAAAGAAGAGACGAUUGUAGAUGCAGAGGAACGCGAAGAAGAGGAAGCAUCAGGAAAUGGUUUAGAAAAUACUGCGACCUCUGAAGAAACAGAGUCCAGUUAUGUCAAAAGAAAAAAGCACAAAAAGAAGCAACAGUUUUCUAACCAUGCUGCUCAAGGUGGAGAAGAGGGUGGAGAAGUGAGCUUUUCUAAUGAUGCUCUAACCUUGGACGAAAGUACAGUGGUGUUAUUGAAGAAGAAGAAGAAGAAAGCUUUCUUUGAGGGGCUGGAUGACUCUCACACUCUUGAAGAAAGCAAAAAGGAUAAAGAUGAACAUAAUACUCAGCAAACAAAAGACAGCCUUGAAGACCAAACUGCUGAACUGGUGACUAAGAAAAAGAAGAAGAAAAAUAAAAUGAGAUCCGGCAGGAACAUCUCUGAAGACAGUGUGGCACAAAGCGAUGAUUCAGUGUCUGCGCGGAAAAAGGAAAAGAAGAGGACCUCGUCCUUCCUCGUUGCUGAUGCAGAGGAAAAUGAUGCUCAGACACACAGUGAGCAGAAGUCUCCUUCACACUCUGUGGAUGCUCGUGUCCGGGGUGCAGAAAAACCUGCUGUCAGCGCGGGGGAUCUUGAGACAGAAUCAGCAGAAAUCACAGGAAAGUUGGAGGAAUCUAGCGAUGGGGUCAGGAAAAAGAAAAGGAAGAGGAAGAGGAAGACGUCAGCACAGCAGGACAGCGCAGAAAAAGAUCACGAGCAGGAUUUUGAGGAAAUGGACAAAACAUGUCAAAGUGCUUUGAGUCAGUUGCUUACCCCCAUGGAAAAAGUGGAAAGUGCAGCUGAUGUGGGCAAUUCUGCGACUGAAGAGGAUGUGGCGUCGAAAAAGAAGAAAAAGAAAAAGCGUGAAGAGGAGACGUGCCGUGUGAUGCUAGAUCCACAAUCUGCUGCAGAAUAUACUGAAUCAGAAAAAUCUUCACUGAAUACCUGCAGCUCAGUUUCACGCAAGAAAAAAGGCAAACAUCUGACCUUUUCUUCGGAUGCAAAGGGCAAACAUGGACACAGUGCUGACGUAUCCCAUGAUGGUACUUCUGACCAAGACAACAAGGAGACUCUGAAUGUGGCUGAACAAGCUUCACAAUCUCCACAGACACCUGGAAACCAGGCAUUAAAUGACAUCAGGGACAAGAGGAAGAAAAUGAAAUCCCCUGGUAAGAUUCUGCUUGAGGGGAAAAUGUCGAGCAAGUCUGCUGAAUUAGAGCCCCGAGAAAACAAAAAGAAGCAAAGGAGUAAGCAAUCCGCUGUCAUAUCCAGCAGCCCGGUGUUAUCACAGACUUCUCUCUCAUCCAAAAUGUCAUCUUCAGACCGGGUCAUGAAAAACAAGCACUUAAUAGUGAAGCGGACGCUUUACAAUCCAAGUGGGGACUUCUUUACAGACGAUUAGGAUGAACUUGCUCAAAGUGAUGGGGUUUGAUCGGUGGAGGAAUUCUCAACAAGCACCUGAACACACAAAUGGACAGUGUUAAUUUUACAAGUGAAGCUGUUUUGUGUAGUUUUUAUAUACAUUUUGCAAUGUAUUUUGUUUUGUAUCAAAGCAUUUUACUGACAGUUUUUACUUUUAGUGUUGAGAUUUAAUAACACCAUAACAAACCAUCAUGAUUUCUUUCAAAAUAAAAGCUCUUGAAUAUUACAUAUUUGGAGGACAGAUCUCUCCAGACUACUUCAAACCACAUUAAAUGCUUGGAAUCGUCUGUCUGUGAACACUGAUUUUUAUAUGUUUUUAAUUAAACCACAUUUUCAGCUACAUGACUGGUAUAAAUCUGGACACCUACAGUACCCUGCCACCUAAUAGACAUUUUGGAGAAAAGGUCAUGCUUCAGAGUCAUUCACCAUCUCACAGCAGAGGGACUAAGUAGAAGUGACAGUGCUGUUACUGUUACACAAACCAAGCCUAAACCCUAAACUUGUGCUCAGUUUGUUAAUGGUGAUGUAAUUCAAAUGGAGGCAACCUGUGUGCUUUUACUACAGAUGAUCUGAUAGUCUGAGUGACUGUGAGGUGCUGUAAUCAAGGGAAACAUUCAUGGGAUUAAUUGGUAAUACUGUGCUACUGUUUUUAUAGACAGUAGGUAUGUUCUCUGUAAUUUCAUUUGUGAUUAUGUUUUGUGGGAUUUCCCAUCCUACACGUUUGUUACACUAAUAUGCUAAAUGUUCUCAGUUUUUUAUAAGUGAUGUGUCAUAAUUAAAGAACAACA